GCCGAUUAGACCAUACGUAUUCCAAACAGAAUUGAUUAUCGAAGAAUACAAGUAUGUUUUUGCAGAUUUUAUGACAAAUAAUUGGAAAUACCCGCGAUCAUUAAGAAAGUUGCAGUUAAACGAAAAGAAAUAAAACCUGUAUUUCUUUGAACGGUAGUGUCAGUAGUACUCAUAGGUUGGGAAAUCAUCGACAGGUUUUGGUUUUAGUUGGAAAUGUGGUACUCUUCGGUUCUGUGUUUGUGUUUUGGGAUUAUCAGUAGCAAUGCGCAAACACUAGGAGGCUACUGCAGAACACCAACAGGAGAAUCUGCAAAAUGUAUAAACGUUUGGUCUUGCAAUUCUUUGCUACCACUUUUAACUGCUCCGAGCCGGACUCAAGAACAAACAAACUUUCUAGUCAACUCGAAGUGCGGUUUUGAUUCUUCCGGGAAACCUUACGUCUGUUGUGGAUCCGGUUUUAACCCAGUUGGAGGUACUGAGGACGAUGCUUUCAGUAGCAGUUAUACCACAAAUCCUGCAAUUCCAGGUCGAACACAAUGUGGAUGGCAGACAACCAAUAGAAUUUUUAACGGUGAAGCAACAGAGUUGGAUGAAUUUCCUUGGAUGGUCAUUAUUGAGUACUUGAAGCGCGAUGGCAGGCGGAGGAUUGCAUGUGCUGGAUCUCUUAUAAACCGAAGAUACAUUUUGACUGCUGCGCAUUGUGUUAAAGGGGCUGUUUUUAUUAAAGUUGGACAACCAAUAAACGUUCGUUUGGGAGAAUACAACAUCACUAAUCCCUAUAGGGAUUGUUUCAUGAAAAAAGGAAUAGCAUCUUGUAACCAACCAGAAAUUAAUGCUGGCAUUGAAGAACUAAUACCACAUCCUGGGUAUACCGAUGACGUCAGAAACCAUGACAUUGCCCUGAUAAGAUUAAACAAAAACAUACCAUUCUCAGACUACAUUCAACCAGUUUGCCUUCCCAAGCCAGAUGAGGCUUCACGUACAGGUGAGAAAUUGAUAGUGGCCGGUUGGGGUAGAACCGAAAAAGGCAGAGAUAGUGACGUAAAACUAAAACUUGAGGUUCCAGUAACAGACAAUUUUAGUUGUGCGCAAAAAUUCGGAGAACUUAAUGUUCAAGUUGGCAAAAAUCAAAUGUGUGCUGGCUCAGAGGAUGGAAAAGAUUCUUGUUCAGGUGACAGUGGUGGUCCUCUAAUGAGAACAUUACCAGACGACGAAACCAGAUGGAUGAUUGAAGGUAUCGUGUCUUUCGGUUAUACCAAAUGUGGUAGCCCAGGAUAUCCAGGAGUUUAUACUAGGGUGGCUAGAUAUAUUCCUUGGAUUCAUAGAAAUGUUAAACCGUAAUUGAAAUAGGUAUUUUUCUCAAAGUCUUUUCUAAAAUCAAAAUAAUCUAUUUAAUACAAAUUGUGAAACGUUUUCUCUUUCAUUUCUCGUUAUUUUCAGGUUAAUCAUUAUUUCAUUCAAAGUUGAAAUAAUAGGCAUAUCAUGUCUAGUGUUUCCGGAAUUUUGAGUUUAAGCACCAUCAUUGAAAUGUUACUUCAUUGUUCCCGUAGAAGUAGAGUAUCCUUUAGCGCACAAGCCUUUUCAACUUCGUAAUUGUAGCUGUCAGGGCUCAGAUAACAUUAUUACCUCCGGCUUAAUUUAAUUAGCUCUAUGUUCCUGUUAAUCCUGUAGUGUUGUUCGGAAAUAUUUACAGAUUAAUCGAUGGUAAAAGUAUUUUAUAGUAGGUAAAUGGAGUGUUGAUGUAGGAGGUGAUAAAGGAUAAAGAUGUUUUGCCGCAUAACGCCGAAGAAAAAAUCCGUCACCAUUCGGGUUCGGGAUUUUUUCAGGCGCUGUGCACUCAUGAUUUUGUUAAAAAAUUGGCUUCAGACAAAAUUUUCAAAAAUUUCCGAAAAUAUUUUAUGCAUAUUACUACUGGAAAAUUGCCCUGAGAUUGUCCAGUGUUAUUAUCAUUUGAGACAGAAUUUUAAUUUUUGGAGAUUGGUUUUGUGCUAUCAAUAGAUCACAACGUGAAUCGGUAGGUAUAAGAUCUGGUCCAACACGUCAAAAACGGUCCCAUGGAAACCACUAUGUAUACGAAUUUCGGAUUCUGCGCACAAAUUUUAGGCUACAUAGUACGGUUUCCCGCUGUGUUGGAAAAAAGAUAUAGUAGAUUCUAAAAACGAUUUGGUUUCGUGUUCAUGGUUUGUCGUGGUGUUCAUUAUUAGUGGACUGUAUAUUGAAUUUGUCGCUGUUUUUAUUGAAAUUAAACGCUGGUUUUGUCUUAUUUACACCACUAAGUAUUUAUUCACAGAACUACUUUUCUACUUUACAUUACUAUUUACAAAUUUACAAUUGUGUGAAUGAUUUUUUGACCGCAGCCAAAAACAAAACUUCAAAAACUGAGCUUGCCACGACGCUCUUAUUAAUAUUACAAACUCUUGCGCGUAACUGAUUAACAAUGCGACUCCGUGGUCUCUUUUACAUACUCAGGGAAAAGCCUAGAAUUCCGGAGUCGUGUUCGACCAAUCAGAAUUGAAUUCUAGAUUGCGUUCGAAGAAUUAGAAUUGCUAUCAAGUGGCGCGGCAUAUUGGGUGUUGUUGCUAUGGAAAAUUUUAUACCUCUAAUAUUUAAUAUUUAAAAUAGAAUAUUCUGGAGAAUAUUAUUAUAUUCGAGAAUAUAUUAUUUCGCCAUGGUUUGUCAUCUAAUUUAAUUUAUUUUUGUUCCUUCAUUGAUGGGUGAUUCCGUUUUUGGGACAUAAAGUGUUUGGUACCUACCUUCGAAAUAUUUUGGUAAUAUUUCAUCAAUAUUUAGAGGUGUAGGCGAACCUGAUGUAUGAGAAAGAACAUUUUAGAACCAGUGAAGGGAUUUCAGAUGAUGCAUCUGCAUUCAGAUUUAGGGCUCCUUUGUUAUAAGUACCUACUUGAUUUUAUAAACGAAUUUGGCUAGUUUUAAUCCUUAUCUGAUUAACUUAGAGCCAGGGUUUCUUACAGAAAAUAACCAUUGGAUGGAGUGGAUUAUGGUCUGAUAGUGUUGUAAAUUUUUGUCUGAAAAAGUAUGCUCUUCCAAAUUUAGAACUUUUCAGUAAAAUGAAGUUAUGUUCAUAACAAUAAUAGAUUGGAGGAUGAGUUGACGCCUUAUUGGUUGCGAAGUACGCAGUCUAGAUUGUGAACCUAAUGUUGACAACAAUAUGUAAGUUUUGUUCAUGAAUUUAAAUGAAAAAGGGAUGAACACAUAGAGUAGCACAUUAUCAAUAAAUUAUCAAAAUUUCGGAUCAUAAAAUGCUCGAAUAAAUAGAAAUAACAGUUUUGCCGAAAAUUUAUAAUGUUUGUGUUCCAAAAUUAAUCAAAAUCUGUCAAACAAGGAGGUGAUUGCUGUCAUUUUCAGCAGAGACUCGAACCAAACGUGUGUUCAGCGCUUGUCUUAAAGAUGUCGCUGAGUUCGGUAAGCGCCAGUAAAAACUGUUUUACCUAGCUAAUACUGUGAAAUACUAUUAUUUCAUUUGCAUCUGAAUAAAAUUAUUUAGUCCACUGUUUAUUACUGUGUAAACGAAUUAAUAUUGAAGAUGUCGCUAUCUACUUGUGAGUGAGUCAGUCACUCUUAAAUAUUAGUUGCCCAUACUAUGGCUAAUAAUUCGUUAUCUAUUCUGGAAUAAUUACAUUCAGCAGGAUUUAGUGUGCGAGUUGUAUAGGCAAUAGGUAGAUCUGAAUCUGGGAUCUAUUAUAAUAUUUGCCAAUAGCAUAAUUACAUGCGUCUGUAGUUAAUAGGGAAUGUUUGGUAAAUGCUGGGUUAUGUAAAAUAGAAUCAUUCAUAAGUAGAUGCUUGCAAGGCUCAAAACUUCUCACCAGUAAAUCAUUCCAAUACAUGAAUGCGUCGAAUGAAUUGUAAUACGUAGCGGAAACGUAAAUCUUUCAAUUCAAUUUAAUCUCGUUUCCGACGUGAAUCGAUAUAUAUAUAUAUAUAUAUAUAUAUAUAUAUAUAUAUAGUACAACGGUCGAAAUUUGAUCGUGGCGCCAUCUAAGACAAAACUUCAACACCAAGCAGCAAUUUUCGCUGCAAUAUGGUGACUGAGUAAUCUAAUCGGCCAACCAAAUUUCAGUUCGUGGGGAAACCCAGAAUAGGAAAACCUAUUAU